AUGGCCCGGCUGUCUUUCGUCCCCAUCUCCCUGCUGCUGCUAGCUAGCCUCGCUGCCGCCGGCGCCGGCGCCGCAGCAGCUGCGGAUCCAGGGGAAAGGGGCCCCAGGAUCAGCACGCAGUACGCGAGCGAGGAGGAGUCCCGGUGGCUGGACCGCUGGACGGAGAAGCAUCUGGCGGCCCAAGGGUCCGGCCAGCCCAUCGAGAUUCAGCCGGGCACCGACGAGGAGUCGGCGCAACUGAGCCGCAUGUUCCCCGGCAACGCCUACAUCGGCCACAUUGAGUAUGACAAGGACCAUCCUUUUGGCAGGAUCGUCGUGGAUGCCUUCCACUCCAAAGCUCGCCAGGCGAAGCCGAACGAUGGUCAGGAGGAGUCUCGCUCUCACGCCGAGCAUGACGUCAAGGAUCUUUAG